UUUCAACAGGUUAUGGUGCGUACACGCCCUCUGCGUGUAACAGGUAAUGUAUAUCAGGAAGUUACUGCUCUGUCACCGCCAUCGAAAAUGUUUUAACCUGGGAUUUUACAAAAUGCAAAUAUCGUGGGUUUGAUAACAUUUAUUCAGAAUCAUUUAGGCACAUCUCUUUGUUGUUUUAUGAGUGGACAUGCGGCUCACAAAAAAUUGCGUUCGAGCGCUCCUGGGAAUUGUGACUUUGCUCCUCAACCUGUCAGAAUGUCUGCGCAUGACCGUCCGCCCUGACAAAGAUGCUACUGUGACUGUGUCGUCCUCACUGCUCCUUCCAUUGGAACAGUGUUCCGUAUGCAAGGUCAAUGGCGCUGAGAAUGACACCCAGACGACCUGUCACUCAUCGCUGGCCCUGGUCCCCGAUGAGGAUGUCACCUUGCUCUUCAACUGCACUGAACCACCACAAAGUGCUUUCGUCAUCCAGAUCCACAGGAAAAUCGAAUGCACCAAUGACACCUGCAGCCCUGCCACAGGUGUGGCUCAGCCUUCCCUCUUCUCAGAGUUCAUUAGAACACUCAUCUGGGACCUAAGUGUGCCGGAGAAGACCGUUAUGAGUUUGGACUUCCCUGGUGACAGGCUGAAGGAGAUGACUGAAUCAGAGUUGUGUCAAGAUGGGUACCAGUACACUGUAACCAGGACCAACACUGAAGGAGAGGUCAAAACUCAGACAUACUGCAAGAAUGGCCUCGUGGCUCACCUUCAUAUACCGAGCCAAGCCACGGUGUCUUUGCAAGUUCAAAAAGGCCGAGAGGUGGAUCCCUCUAUAUUCACGGCCAAACCAAUAAAGAAACAGAGCCGGAUGAUCUCCGUGACUCCAGAGCCAGACACUAUCGUCACCAUCAGCAGAAACACCAAAGCCAAAGAGUGCAGUGUGUGUGUUGGGGAGGGGCCUACCUGCAACCCCAAAGAACUUGUCCUAAGAGCUGCCCGCAACACCUCUGUGAAGUUCACCUGCCCACAGCCACAAGAUGUCUUCAGUGUGGAGAUCAACAGGGAGAUUGAUUGCACAGAGAUUACCUGCACCGGGAACAUCGUCCAGGCAGAGUCCUCCCUCUUCCCAGACUUCAACAGAACCUUCACCUGGGACCUGAAGGUUCCACCUGGCCUCUCCUUCCAGCUGGACUUCCCAUCGCCGGGAAUGAGACAGAUUCCACCCUCUGAGACCUGUCCUGACGAGCAUACCUACACCAUCAUCACGUACCAGCGCACCGGGCUCGCCACCAUCGGCAUUUUUUGCCCAGACGGCAGCGUCACUAGGGUCCAGGUGUUGUACAAGGGCCGGGUGUCCCUGCAGGUCCCUAGGGAUAGGAAGCUGGAGCCGCUGGACUUCAAGGUCACUGUCGGACCAGAAAUUAAAAUGCUGGCUGUGGUAAAAGUCAACCUACCUCGAGGGGUGUCAGAUACAGACUUCCUCUCAGCCAACUACCCUAGAGGUUUCCCUGAUGACGACCUGAUGAGGUGGGACUUCACGGUGCCCGGCAUGCAUAACUACACGGUUAACUUCCUGAAUCACACAGAGUCUCUUUGCCGGAAGAAGGAAGUGAUGGUGAUGUACCACAAGGCGCGUGGGAAGGUGGGCAUCCAGAAGACCCUGGCGGACCCCCAGCCAACACACAGGCAGGGCAGCUUCACCAUGACCUUGUUUAACUGUGAGACAGACAGGACCAAACAGGGCCUGUCCCUCAAAUUUAGGGUCUCGGUGAUGAGGAGCGGCCAUCCAGUUCUCUGCACUGUAAAUUUGUUAGAGGAUGAAGGGCUAGUCCUCCACUUUGAGAAGAGGGGAUCUGACCCCUACUGUGAGAUGAGGAAGGACUCUGUGCUCCAGGAGAAGAUCACAGUUCCCUCAGGGACCAAAGCCAGGCUUUCUUUCCUGGACUGUCCAAGUGAAGACCUACGUCUGACAGCCGUAAAAACCAUAGGAUGCCAGAGUUUAGACUCGUGCUCCGUGACUGGGACUCUCCUCGUGGUCCCUAAAAUGCCGACGUGCCUCCCUACGCUACUCCAAAGCUUCACCUGGCACCUCAUUAUCCCAGUAUAUGGCACCGUGGAUUUACUGUCCCCCUCAGGAAACCUCAGGCAGUCCCUGCCAGGACAGGAGUGCAAUGGCAGUGUCUCCCUUCAUGUAGCAGAGGGUGAUGGGUCCUCCAUUGGCUACUUCUGCUCUGAUGGCACCAUUCGCAAAAUCCAAGUGCACUCCAAUGUCUCUGUCACUGCCACAGCGAAGGACCUUAGCCUGAUUCAAGGGCCUUUCCUCAAUGUGUCCUUCAGUGAAGAAAUCUCAGACAGCAUCAUAUAUACAGUCCAGCCCAGAAUGGGUUCCCCUGCCCUCCUGGCCACCCCAAACUGGCCCAGCGGCAUGAAGCCAUACUCCACCGUGUCCUGGAUCAUCAAUCUGCCGGGCCACCUCCAGGCCGACCUGCUGUUGACCAACAUCAGCCAGCCCAAGUGUGGCAAGGGGCACACAUUCAUCAAGGUGCAGACCCUGGGCUCUCCAGAAGAGAUAUUGAGUCGUAGGGAGGAUAAGAAGGAAGAGGACAAGCUGAUGGUCCCUGAGAGCUUCUAUCUCAACAUGUCCAACUGUAUGCCGGAGAACGGACACUUCAGUGUGCUCAGCAAGGUUACCCUGCAGAAUACUAGCAAGCUGCUCCUGAGCGGCAUCCUGGGUGCUGUGGGAGCAGUGCUGCUACUUAUGCUUAUUGUGCUGACAGUCUUCUUGGUGUUAAGGAAGAAGAAGAAAAUGAUGGUCAAUGAGGCUUCCAUCUACAUAGGGAAAGGGAAUAUCUUCAUCCCAGGCGACCAUGUGUUCCCCAAAACUCGGUCGGACAGCGAGUCUCACGUUUACGCCUCCAUCGAAGACACCAUGGUGUACAGCCACCUGUUGCGCGAGCCCAGCUACGUGGGCGCCGUCCAGGACCACUUCCAAGGACAGCCGGUCGACACCUAUCGGACAUUCAUGGCGCUCCAGGACGGAGUGCCAGAGAUCACAGAGGCAGCUGCAGACCAUGAGCCUGAACUAGUGCCUGAGAUGUACGAGUAUAGACCUUUCCUGGACCCGUCGGAAACCUUCAUCCCAUCAAGACCUCGCACGCCCAUUGACCGCCAGGACAGCAUGGGCUUCAUGGACCGCAGGAUGGUAGACAAUGAGCUGUACACGUUCAAGAGCACUGGGGAUAUAAAUACGAUUAGACUGUCUGGGGCAGACCAAAUCCUAGAUCCAGAGAUCCAUUUAGCGUGAGGCGGUACUGUGAGAUGGACUACUGUUACUCAUUUUUACAUAGCUCAAAGUGUUUCAGGUUCACUGCAGUGGAGAAAUGGGGUGUAAAUGUGCCUUUGCAUAACAUUCAGGGAGUCUGUAUUAGUGGUGUUGUGCCUACUGCACAAAAGCCAUCAGACAAAUGACUAUUACUGCCUUUCAUUGGAGCCUCUGAGUCUGUUUCCUCCAAGCUCCUAGAAAGUAAUUUCUGAAACAGCACAUGGUGUUGCUCUUCUGUGUUUACAAUACUGGGCUACUUGGUUUUUGUGUGUAUUUCUUGAUAGUAUUUUAAUUGUUUUAUAUGCUAGUAUAUAUUUAAUAUAUUGAAUGUUGCACUGGACACUGGUGUGUCAUGGGUUUAAGAGCAAAGCUGCUUGUUUUGUUUGUUAGUUUUGUACCUAGCAUUUUUUUGCAUUGUUUAUGCCUUGUGGCAAGGGUUUUUCUCUGUAAAUAUGUGUUUUUAAAAAUUUCUCUGCCAAUUUUUUUAUUUUUUAUAUAUAAAUUCCUUAGACAUUUUAAGUGGUCUGAGUACAGUGUGAUAUAGUGAAUAAUACUGUAUCUAGGAUAGAUAAGGGAAUCAAUCCAAAACAAUAUUGCUUCAGAAGGUGUCUUGUUGUGAUGGGAAAAGUGACAUUCUUUCAUCCUUUGGCUAAAACCUGUGACCUUUUAAGUCCUGGCUUGUAGUUUGUUAUAACCACAGGAACUUCAACCACGGAAGACAGGAUGAUUGUUUUGAAGGUUUUCAUUGGAGUAGUUACCAAGAGGGACUUUUUAAGGGAAACAACCAAACCUUUAGCAAGACGCCAAGGGUCAACAGGUUAUGACAAUCCUCUUGCGGUAAUAAACUUUUGUGUUUACAA